AUGGCCCAGCAGAGCCUUGCGAAAGAUUUGUUCGAGGAUAUGGGUCGGAAGGUGGCGGAGGCGAGCGCACGAGACGACGAUGUGGAUGGCACCAGGGUUGCAUCUACGCGACUUCUCUUGACCAAGAUUCCUUUCUUCCGCGAGAUCGUUCUCAUGUCCUCCGCGUGCCCAGAAUGCGGCUGGAAGAACGCUGAAGUGCAGCCAGCUGGCGAGAUCCAACAGCGAGGAAUCAAGAUCACACUGAAGGUUGAGAGCGCAGCGGAUCUGAGCCGACAGAUUGUUAAAAGCGAUACCGCGGUAUUUCGUGUGGAAGAUAUUGACCUGGAAAUACCGCCUGGGCGAGGGCAGCUUACAAAUGUGGAGGGAGUAUUGUCUAUGGUUGCGGAGGAUCUUGAGCAGAAGCAGAAUGAGAGAAAGGAGGUUGUGCCCGAAGUCUACGAGAAGAUUCAAGGCGUGAUUGAGACGCUGAAGGAGAUGGCCGCAGGCAAGAAGACAUCUUUCAAGAUCACGGUUGACGACCCUGCGGGUAACUCGUCUAUUGAGCCUUCGACACAAGACACAUCAACGAAGUACUUCCGCCAUGAAUACCCUCGAAGCCCCGACCAGAACGCAGCGCUCGGCUUAGGCUCUUCUGGCGAUGCGCCGCCUACAGAGAUUCGCCCCGAGUACCACGCCGAUCAGAUGUACCCGCGCAUGCCGCAGGGACCCAUGGUCAACAAUGUCGACGAGGAUGAAAUCCAAGAAAACCAAGUGUAUUCGUUCCCUGCAAGCUGCCCGGGAUGCACAAAUCCUUGCACAACGAACAUGAAGAUGGUCAACAUUCCACACUUCAAGCAAGUUGUGCUAAUGAGCACAGUUUGCGAACAUUGCGGAUACCGGAGCAACGAGGUUAAGACCGGAGGCGAGGUACCAGAAAAGGGCCGUCGCAUCACUGUGUCUGUUGAGAACAAGGAAGAUUUGUCGCGGGACAUUCUUAAGGCGGAGUCGUGCGCCUUGUCCUGCCCAGAACUCAACCUCAGUGUUGAGGCUGGAACACUGGGAGGCCGGUUCACCACUAUCGAAGGUCUCCUCACCCAAGUUCGUGAUGACCUGCGGUCUUCCAUUUUCGACAUCGGAGAGGGCGGUGACUCCAUGGACUCGGGGACCAAGACAAAAUGGGAUGACUUCUUUGGCCAGCUGUCGUCCGCCAUCAACGGCGAGGUCAAGUUCACCUGUAUCCUUUCAGACCCACUUGCAAGCAGCUAUGUACAGAGCUUUGCCGCCCCCGAACCCGAUUCGCAGAUGAAGGUCGAAGAUUACGAGCGGACAGAGGAAGAGGAAGAGGAACUCGGCCUCAGGGACAUGAACACAGAGGCGUAUGCGGACGACCAGCCAACAACGAACGGCGCGGCCACCAAUGGCGAGGUAGUCAACGGUGCAUAG